AUGGGGAUUAGCAAAGACGCCUUUCUCUUUCUUUUCUUGCUCAGCUCAGUGAAAGGAGAUAUACUGGAUGACUAUUUAAGAACAGAUGGUAUUUGGAUACUUACUCGUAAUAAACAGUUUUACACGACAAAUAAUGCAAAAGAAUGUGCAGAGAAAUGUGAAGCAGAAAGAAAUUUUAAUUGCAGGGCCUUCCUAUUCACCAGGAAAAAGCUACAGUGUUUAACACUGGCUGAAAAUACCAAAAUGACAGUGACAUUUGACAGCAUGGAUGCAAUUCUUUAUGAGAAGAAAAUUUACCUUCUACAGUGUAAAAGAGGGAUUGGGAAGGACUACAGAGGAAUGGAAGCCAAAACUCGGAGGGGGAUUCCAUGCCAGAAGUGGUCAGAAAAAACACCCCACAACCCAAAUUAUACACCUGAAAAACACCCCAAUGCAGGGUUGGAUGAAAACUACUGCAGAAAUCCUGACGGGGAUGAAAGUGGACCCUGGUGCUACACAACAGAUCCUGCUACCAGAUUUGAUUACUGUAACAUCCCAGAGUGUGAGAGCCAGGUCACACACACUGGAGAAGGCCCUACAGGGGAGUGCAUGCAAUGUAAUGGUGAAGACUACCAUGGAGAAGUUUCCAGAACAGAGUCUGGGCUUGAGUGCCAGCGCUGGGAUGCCCAAGAGCCUCAUAUGCAUGGAUUUACCCUGAAACACUUUCCAGAGAAGGAUCUGAAGAUGAAUUAUUGCCGUAACCCUGAUGGCGAACUUCGGCCCUGGUGUUUCACUACCAGCCCUACUAAACGUUGGGAAUAUUGCAACAUUCCUCGUUGCACUAUGCGUGUACCAGUGUCUGGCCUGGGCUCUCAGUGUCUUUCAGGGAAAGGAGAAGACUAUCAAGGCAGGAUAGCCAUCACUGAAUCGGGAAAUGCCUGCCAACACUGGAACACACAGUUUCCUCACAGACAUGGCUGGAUUCCUGACAGAUAUCCCUGCAAGGGCUUAGAUGAAAACUACUGUAGAAACCCUGAUGGAGAGAAGAAGCCUUGGUGCUACACUACCAACAACAGCGUUCGAUGGGAAUAUUGUGCAAUUCCCCACUGUGAUGGGAUAGAACAAGGGGUUGCUGAUGUGCCUAUGCAGGUUCCCUUGCCAGAGGAGUGUUACAGAGGCAAAGGCCAGAGCUAUCGUGGCACAACUUCCAUCACUGCAUCAGGAAAAAAAUGCCAGGCCUGGAACUCCAUGUUCCCACACAGGCAUGAAAAAACACCGGACAGAUUCCCAAAUGCGGAUUUGAGGGACAACUAUUGUAGAAACCCAGAUGGUGAUAGCAGCCCAUGGUGUUUCACCACAGACCCCACCACAACAUGGGAGUACUGCAGUCUCAAGAGGUGUGAUGAUCAUAUACAAGAGCAUGCACCAAAUGACCCCCCUGCAACGAUGGCUGGCCUGACUACACCCACCACAUCUGACUGCAUUAAUGGUAACGGUAAAGAUUAUCGUGGCACAGUAGCAAAAACUGGAAGAGGCAGGACUUGUCAAGAGUGGAGCUCUCAGAAACCUCAUAGCCACAAAUAUUUCACUCCUGUGACUCAUCCAAGAGCAGGCCUGGAUAAAAACUAUUGCAGGAAUCCUGAUGGAGAUGUAAAUGGUGUUUGGUGCUUCACAACAGACCCAGAAAAAAAAUGGGAAUACUGUGAAAUCCCACGCUGCUCUGCUUCUGCGAAUGACUGUGGAAAAGUCCCAAUGAGGAGCGAGCGAGCCUGUGGGCAAUAUAGCAUGUGUGAGGCAACUCUGGGGUCUUGGCCUUGGCACAUCAGUCUCAGGACCAGUAUCAAUGUGCACCACUGUGCCGGCACUCUGAUACAUCCACAGUGGGUCCUUACUGCAGCUCAGUGCUUGCAAGAGUCAACAGAGCCUUCUUCCUACAGGGUGUUUCUUGGGAUACAGAAUCUCAAUGCAGCAGAACCAUCCCUGCAGAUCCAAAGUGUUCAGAAAGUAUUAAAGGAACCAACUGGAGCAGACAUUGCUUUGCUGAAGUUGAGCAGUCCUGUAACAAUUACUGACCGCGUAAAACCAGUUUGUUUGCCUGAAAACAGUCUGAUGGUAGAAGGAAAUGCAGUAUGUUUUCUAACUGCCUGGGGAAAAACAAGAGGUACCAAUACAGACAACAGAUUAAAAGACGUUGAAUUCCCUGUGCUUGAAAAUAGAAUAUGUAAUCGCCCUGAAUUUCUGAAUGGAAGUGUCAAAAAUCAUGAAUUUUGUGGUGGAUUUACUUUUGGAAGCAUAGAUAACUGUGAGGCUGAAGUUGGAGGACCUCUGGUCUGCCAAGAUAAGGACAGAUUUAUCCAAUAUGGAGUCACCUCUUGGGGACUGGACUGUACCCAGCCAUCAAAGCCUGUUUUUGUCCGAAUUCCUAGUUUUGUUUCUUGGAUCAAGAAUGCAAUAGUUGUCCACUGA